GGAUGAGAUAAGAAUCGUUCAUUUAGAUCAGAGUGAUAAUUCGAUGGAUGAGUCGUUGGCUAAUCUACAGACGAGCCAUUUGCUUGGUUCAGUUCCCGCUGUGAUAAGCGACGACAAGAGAAGCACAAAUGUACAUAUAACAAGCGUAAACGAAGGCCCAUCUGCAAACUUUCCACCAUUCCAAGGAAACAACAAUUCAAAGGGUUAUCAAACUCUUGACACCCCAACAGAAAGACCUGAACAACAGACAUCAACAAACAACUGGAAGGGGUUCUUUAACGUCUACUCUUACGCCCAGUACUUCGAUGUGGACACUGAUGUUGUUGUCAACAGAUUGAUGAGCUCCUUGUAUCCCACUAGUGCUGAUUUUUUCAACAAGAUUGAUGCCAACCCUGAUAUGUAUGGACUUGUAUGGAUCUGCACUACGCUAGUGUUUGUGCUUUCUUCUCUCGGAAACUGUGCCACGUACCUAGUGAAGAAACGAACCGACAGUGAAGCACCUUGGGUCUUUGAUGUCAACUACAUAAACUUGGCAGCAUCUAUAAUCUAUGGCUACGCUAUUAUUGUGCCUCUGGCGUUUUACUUCUCACUCCGGUACAUGGGGUCCAGAGCUGAUCUUCUUAGAUUCUGGUGCCUCUGGGGAUACUCUCUCUUCAUUUUCAUUCCAACCUCUCUACCAUUGCUUAUUCCAGUGGAGUUUCUGAGAUGGGUGAUAAUACUCGCAGCUGGUAGUGCAUCUUCCUGCUUUGUUGCCCUUAAUCUACGGUCUUACCUUGAAGGGAGCAAUGAUUUGACGGUUGUAAUGGCUGCAGCAUUUGGUCUGCAAAUGGUUCUUUCAAUCUUCAUCAAACAUUGAGUACAGAGCACGUGAAGUAUAAAAGAGAAAGAAGGGAAAAUGUCACAUUAGAUGAAUGAUAAAAGGAGAACAUGUAUGUCUUUUGUCCAGUGUCGUCUUAGAAAAAUAUCUGCAAGAGCUUAACAACUCAAAUCACUUUCUCCAUGUGUAAUAAACCGUAAACACUCUGUUUCUUACUGCGCACGUUUCAU